UUUUGAACUGUCAAAAAUAGUCGUCUGAUUUCCCGCAACUUUCCACUCACGCGUGCUAAAUCGUCUAAACAAUUGAAAGUGUUCCGGUCGCGUUCUGCUUUUUUUCGAUAUCAGAGUAUUUUUUGUCCAGUAUGAAGUUUGUACAUAAUAUUUUGAGCAGAAAUUUUCGUAAUUCACUACUAGAAGUAUCAUCAAAAAUUAUCGUCCUUCCAAAUGCCUCAUACAUCAGGUCCGCAAUAGAGCUCUCGGAGGUUGGAAAAUUAGAAACACCUAAACUGCAAGGGAAAUAUGAAACGGGACAACUCAUUUUUCAUCGAGUAUUCGGGUACCGUGGUGUAGUUUUGUUUCCUUGGCUCGCGCGAGUUUACGACAGGGAUGUGCCUAGCAAGAAAGAAGGAUCUGAUGAUGGAAAGUUUACCAGUGUGAGCAAAGAAGUUAAAGGGAGAAUGCAUACUUUCUAUCAAGUCCUAAUCGACCAGAGGGAUUGUCCUUACAUCAGAGCACAAACAGAGGCGGUCACAUUUUUGGGAAAUCACGAAAGUAGUCGUAGUCUGUACGCAAUUCCUGGGUUGGACUAUGUUGCCCAUGAAGAUAUAUUGCCAUACUCUACAAACGAGAAAGCAGCAUUGCAGCACGAGUUGUUUGACAAAUUUUUAGUCUACCACCAAGAUAGAGACCCUCCAUUUAUAGCACAGGAGACACUAAGGGCAUGGCAGAAGAAGAAUCAUCCCUGGUUAGAGUUAUCCGACGUUCACAAAGAGACCACAGAAAAUAUCAGAGUCACAGUAAUACCCUUUUAUAUGGGAUGCAGAGAGAGCCAAACAACCGCUGUAUAUUGGUGGCGAUAUUGUAUUCGCUUGGAAAAUUUGGGGGACAUGAGCGUGCAACUUCGAGAACGACAUUGGAGAAUAUUCAGUUUGUCAGGAACUCUAGAAACUGUGAGAGGGAGAGGAGUUGUGGGUCAAGAACCGGUCUUGUCAAAAACCUUACCAGCUUUCCAGUACAGCAGUCAUGUUAGUUUGCAGGCUCCCAGUGGCCACAUGUGGGGUACGUUUAGAAUGGAACGGGAAGACGGUUACGCGUUUGAUUGCCGAAUACCUCCGUUCUCUUUAGAAUCUAAGAGUGAAGAACCACCAACUCCGAAUGCUGACUCGUAAGCAACAACGGUUACCCAUACUAGGUAUAUGACU